AUGGAUAUCCACCGCUGUCGAUUCGUGCACUACCCUCCCUCGACGAUAAAUGCACUGGCAUUUUCGCAUUCUCACAUCCCCGACGACCGACAAACCACCCCCCCAAGACUUGCUGUAGGACGAGCGAACGGAGAUAUUGAGAUAUGGAAUCCGUUAAAUGGGUCAUGGCUCCAGGAGAUGGUCAUUCGUGGAGGCAAAGACCGGAGUAUUGAUGGUCUGGUCUGGAUUCAGGAUCCAGAUGAGGAGGUUCACGGCACCACAAUCAUUGGAAAAUCUAGGCUUUUCAGCAUAGGAUAUACCACGACGGUGACGGAAUGGGAUCUGGAGAAAGGUCGGCCUCUCCGACAAGCAAGUGGGACCCAUGGAGAUAUAUGGUGUCUUGCUGCACAGCCACCUUUGGCGCCGGUGAAGGACAAGAAAAAUGCUGCUACCACGGGUCAAUGGCAAGGACAGCAUCUCAUUGCUGGCUGUACGGAUGGAGCUUUGGUGCUAUAUUCGACGAAAGACGAGGAUCUCCAAUUGCAGCGAGUUCUCAUAAGACCAUCGUCCAAGAAGGCGAAGGUUAUCAGCGUCACCUUCCAAGACCGAAAUAUCGUCGUCGCCGGCUGCUCGGAUAGCACAAUUCGUAUAUACGAUAUUCGAAAUGGGACGGCCAUACGGAGUAUGUCAUUGGGUCAGGGGCCCGUAGGCGGACCGAAAGAAAUAAUAGUUUGGUCUGUUAAGACGCUUAAAGACGGGACGAUUGUAUCGGGCGAUUCGACGGGGGAGUUAAGAAUUUGGGACGGGAAGACAUACACUCUCAAGCAACGCAUGAAGAGCCACCGUCAAGAUAUUCUGAGUCUAGCUAUAAAUUCCGAUGGCUCGUCCAUCAUUAGUGGCGGUAUGGACAGACGAACUGUUGUUUAUAAGCAGGCUGGAAAAGCAAAACGAUGGGCAGAGGUAUCGCAUCGGAGAUAUCAUAAUCAUGAUGUUAAGGCUAUGGCAAGUUUCGAGGGUAGAGGAAUGAGCGUAGUUGUCUCUGGAGGUCCUGAUGCGUCACCCACGGUCUUACCACUCAACCAAUUUGGAUUUGAAAACCAGCGAGCGUUACCAUUCCUCCCCCAAGAAUCCAUUAUCCAAAGUGCACCAAGGAAAAGACUCAUGAUGAGUUGGUGGGAGAGGGAAGUUUACAUAUGGCGGUUAGGCAAACUAGGGAAGCCCCAUGCGCAUUCAGAAGACGCUGACGAAGAGUUCGCAUCGCGAAAUCGAAAAUUGGUGGCCAAGAUAUUGAUCAAAGGGGAGGCGAACAUCACCUCUGCAUCUCUAAGCACCGAUGGCGAUCUACUGGCUGUGGCUACUGCCUUAGACGUGAAAGUCUUCCAGCUCCGAGCCAGAAGACCGGAUGACGGAGACGGACUCAAGAUUUCAAAGGUUACUGUUCCAGCAACAUUAUCAUCUGGAGCGCGACUCGUCCAAUUCUCACCAGACGGCAAAUGGCUCAGUAUCGUUCGUCCCGAUAGCCAAAUUGCUGUUGGGCGGAUUAUCUCCUCAGGCAGCUCGUCCGCGUCAUCUAUCACGAUCCUCCCGCGGCUUUUAAAAUUGGGCCGAAUCGACCGACACAUUGAAAAAUCUAUCCUUUUGGGAGGCCUUGGCAGUUACGACAGAACGGUCACGCAAGCUGCGUUUUCCUGGGAUAGUAAGAUACUGGCUGUCAGUGAUCUUGCAGGUUACAUCGACACGUUUGUUUUGUCUGGACACGAGGACCUCAAGGGGACCGACGCAAUUGAGGACGAAGAUGCCGCGUCAUCCUCCGAAUCUUCAGACUCAGAUUCGGACUCAGACUCGGAGAGCGAAGAAGAAUCCAAGCCAAAAACUGCCUGUGGGCAACACUGGGCACGUAACCCUUCCGCCACUCUAAUUCCACGUCUUCCUUCCGCACCGGUCGUUCUGUCAUUCCGGCCAACGCGUAAACCAUCCCAGAGGAAGUUGACAAAUGGUGCCACGCCCCAUGACCCAUCAUCAGCCGGAGAAGACGGCCUCCUAGUCGUCACGGCCACCGCUGAAAUCUUCGAAUUCGAAGUCCUAAAAGGCGGGUUAAGCGCAUGGUCCCGGCGCAACCCAACUGCCGUCUUCCCAGAAGAAUUCCGCAAGAACCGUGACCAGGCCAAAGGCUGUCUCUGGCACAUCACGGAAUCAGAACAACGCGUAUGGCUCUACGGCGUAGGCUGGCUGUGGAUGUUCGACAUCUCAGUCGACUUCCCCUCCCCAACUACCACCAGCACCAGCACAGAUGAAAGCGGUGUCGUUGCCGCAACACCCAGCAAAAAGCGAAAACGACAGCAAGGCAAAGAGCCCUCCACAGGCGCCGGCUCAGCGAUCCCAGACCAUGAACUGGGAACCGGUAUAUCGCGUAAAACGCAGCGGUUCGUGCAUGAUGAACUCCUCGUAAACCACGAUAUCAAUAAUACCUCCUCUUCGGAUGCUAUGGAUGUCGACGGCGAGGACGAGCAUUCCACAGCGCUGGAGCAGCUACGGCGCGAGAAACAGGAUCAGCACCAGCAGCAGGAGGGUGCAGAUAAAGCGGGGCACUGGCAUACGUAUAAAUACCGGCCGAUUCUAGGCAUGGUUGUUAUAGGCGGGGACGAUGAGGAUGCGGGCGAGGCAGAUGGUAAAACGGGCCUCCUAGAGGUGGCUGUUGUAGAGCGGCCGAUUUGGGAGGUCGAUCUCCCGCCGAGAUGGGAUGGGGAUCAAGAGUGGGAGAAGAGCGGGUUGGACUCGCUAUGA